AUGCUCAGCCGCCUCCAGGGCCAGCCCGAAAGCUACGACAAGAAGUGCGACACCCUCCCCCCGCCAUCGUUGCGACGACUCAGUCCUAACGAAUGCGCUAUGUCUAGGGCCAAAUACCGUUUCGGUCGAACCCUGGGCGCGGGUACCUAUGGUAUCGUCCGCGAGGCUGACGGCCCGACGGGCAAGGUCGCCGUCAAGAUCAUCCUCAAGAAGAAUGUCAAGGGCAACGAGCGGAUGGUCUACGACGAGCUGGAAAUGCUGCAACGCCUCAAGCACCCCCACAUUGUCAAGUUUGUCGACUGGUUCGAGUCUCGCGACAAAUACUAUAUCAUCACCGAGCUGGCUACUGGUGGUGAACUUUUCGACCGAAUUUGCGAACAGGGAAAGUUUACGGAGAAGGACGCAUCACAGACUAUCAAGCAGGUCUUGGACGCCGUCAACUAUCUUCACAUCAACAGUGUCGUCCACCGAGACCUCAAGCCCGAGAAUCUUCUCUAUCGCAGCCGCGACAGUGACUCGGAGAUUGUUCUAGCCGACUUUGGCAUUGCCAAGAUGCUGGAUCGCAAGGACGAGGUCUUGACGACCAUGGCGGGUUCGUUCGGAUACGCUGCCCCCGAAGUCAUGCUCAAGCGUGGCCACGGCAAGCCGGUCGACAUGUGGUCCAUGGGCGUCAUUACAUACACCCUUCUCUGCGGAUACUCGCCGUUCCGUUCGGAGAACCUCCAGGACCUCAUUGACGAGUGCAGCUCCGCCCAGGUCGUCUUCCACGAGCGCUACUGGAAGGACGUCAGCCAGGACGCCAAGGACUUUAUCCUCCACCUUUUGCAGCCCGAGCCCGAGAAGCGGUGGACGAGUGAGGAGGCCCUCAGCCACGCCUGGCUCAGCGGCGACAGCGCCACCGACCACAACCUGCUGCCCGAGAUCAAGGCUUACAUGGCCAAGGCCAGGCUGCGCGGUGGAAUCGAGAUGGUCAAGCUCGCCAACCGCAUCGAGUCGCUCAAGCUGCAGGAGGACGACCCCGACGACACGGACUUCCGCGACGAGGACUUUGCCAAGCACACAACACUGUCGCAAGACAAGAAGGCACUCUCCAAAGCCGUCAAGGGAGCCAUCUUCCGCGAGGUCGUUUUCGCUAAGGUGCGCGAGAUGAAGCAGCAGCAGGAGACCCUCACGGUCAAAGAGGAGGCAGAGAAGGAACACAAGAGACGCAGCUUCCAUGGGUAG